UAGAGACAGAAAGAGACGGAAAGGGGGGGAACCUGAGAGUGAGGAACCAUAGAUAGUGGGUAUAUAACUUUUUCGCUUUUAAUAGUCUCGCGCUGUCGAUUGUAGCCUAUUUAUCGUACAUUGGAAAUAUUUCCUAAAAAAAAAAACAAAAAAAAAACGAAACAUCAAGACACCUUCCCGGUUCGGAUUAGUUUUCUGGCUAAUCUCAAUGAAACAGAUUAUGCUCCUUGGACUUUUCCGAUUUCGAGGCACUGCGUCGGAGGCUAUACCUUUUUAAUUUUAUUUUUAAGUGAUCCACGGUUGGAUUUCUCGUGCUGAUCUUUUUCCCUUCGUAUUACUGCGGCACCCUAGCGAAUGACUUGAGUUUCGCAUUACACCGAAAAGGAGAGGCAUUUGUGGGAUAUUUCCCCCUUAGUACUGUAAGGACUUCCUACGGGGUGCUUAUUUUUUUCCCUUGGCGAUCUGUACCGUGGAAUAACUUCAUGUAAUAUGCAAAGCAAGGAGAAAGCUAAAAAAAAAAAAAACGACGACCUGUGGAAUUAAAUUAAAUACAUUCUACCUUUGUUCGGCGUACAAGGGAUUUUGGAAGAAAACUGAGACUGAAUAACAUUAUAACGAAGGUUUUCCGAGAUAUUGUGAAUAAUUGCAUGGAUGUGCGUUGUCUCCUGAAUUGUUGAAUGAAAGUGGGAUCAUUAUUGUAGAGGAGGACGCGGCUGGGAAGGAGCGCAUGAGCGAGACGCUGCCGCCCCUUCGAGGACCUCCUUACUGGCGGUGGGGGCUCUUUUUUGUCGACUCCAGAAGGAUUUUGUCAAACAAACUUUAACAGAUUAAAGUGGAAGACGGCGCAUUAUAGCUGAUUUGAAUGUGGGACUGUUCGGCGUCGCCGGAGCCCGAGGUCUCGCCAUCUAAUGCAGGAUUUAUUCUGGCGGAGGUGAUGAGAAGUUGAGGCGCUGGGAAUAUUGAAAACAACCACGUUGGACUCCUCGGCCCCUUUUUUCUGGGGGGUGGGGGUGGGGGAUAGGUGACAGAUCGCGUCAUUUUUAAUCAAACAUACUUUGUAUAAUUAAUUAGCCAGGUAUACAAAACUCAAGUGUGAAUUGAACUUUAAGUAUUUAUAUAGGUUACGCCGUCUACGUUUCCGUGGAUAACAAACGCUGAGGACAUAAUCGGAUUCAAGAUGCAGAUGGGGACUUGGGCGAUUGUUUUGGUCGCUUUUAUCCACGUCCUAUGCAAUUGCGGGCUGACGAAUGGAGAAAUCUGCCCCAGCAAAGAUAUUCGGAACAACGUGACCAACCUGAGGACGCUGGAGAACUGCACGGUGAUUGAGGGCCACCUGAAGAUCCUGCUGAUGUUCAAGACCAGGUCGCAGGACUUCCGCGGCUUGAGUUUCCCGCGGCUGGCGGUCAUCACCGACUACCUGCUGCUCUUCCGCGUCUACGGCCUGUCGAGCCUGAGCGAGCUUUUCCCCAACCUCACCGUCAUCCGUGGCAACAACCUGUUCUUCAACUACGCCCUGGUUCUCUUCGAGAUGCUCCAGCUGAGAGACAUGGGCCUGCGCAGCCUGACCAACAUCACGCGUGGCGCCGUGCGUAUCGAGAAGAACCAGGACCUCUGCUACCUGUCCACCCUAGACUGGUCCAAGAUCCUGGACUCCGUGGAGGACAACUACAUCAUCGCCAACAAGAAUGAGCGUGAGUGCGGCGAUGUCUGCCCAGGUGCGGCCAAGGGCAAGACCACGUGUACGCAGACCACCCUCAACGGGCACUUCGGGGAGCGAUGCUGGACCCAGGAAGACUGCCAGAAGAUUUGUCCGGCAGCCUGCAAACAUCGCGCCUGCACCAUGGACAACCGGUGCUGCCACGAGCAGUGCCUGGGCGGCUGCCUGGAACCGAACAGUCCCAGCCGCUGCGUGGCCUGCCGCAACUUCCUGCACGAGGGCGUGUGCGUGGAGCGCUGCCCGCUGGGCUACUACACUUUCAAGGGCUGGCGCUGCGUCUCCCUGGAGUUCUGCCAGAACCUCCACUUCCAGUGUAAGCAGAGCAAGGCGGGCGACUGCCACGAGUACGUCAUUCACGACGGGGCCUGCAUCCCCGAGUGCCCGUCCGGCUACACCACCAUGAACUCCACCACGUUGAACUGCACGCCCUGUGAGGGCCUCUGCCCGAAAGUGUGCAUGGGCUCGAAGGUCGUGGACUCCGUCACCGCGGCCCAGGCGCUGCGCGGCUGCACCAUCCUCAACGGCAGCAUGGUCAUCAACAUCCGCGGUGGGAACAACAUCGCCGCGGAGCUGGAGACCAGCCUUGGUCAACUGGAGGAGAUCACCGGCCACCUCAUCAUCCGCCGCUCCUACGCCCUUGUGUCCCUGUCCUUCCUUCGCAAGCUCCGCCUCAUCCGUGGGGAGACACAGGAAGUUGGGAACUACUCAUUCUACGCCUUGGAUAACCAGAACUUGCGAGAGUUGUGGGACUGGUCCAAACACAACCUAACAAUCCUGCAAGGUCGGUUGUUCUUCCACUACAACUCUAAGUUAUGCCUGUCGGAGAUCCGGAAAAUGGAGGAGGUGACGGGAACCAAGCAGCGGGAAGUCAAGAAUGACAUCGCCCAUAAGACGAAUGGAGACCAGGCCUCAUGUGAAAACCAAGUGCUAAAAUUCACCCUGAUCCGCACUUCGUAUGAUAAGAUCAUCAUCAAAUGGCAUCCCUUCUGGCCUCCUGAUUUCCGAGACCUGCUGGGAUUUGUAGUCCUUUAUAAGGAAGCGCCGUACAGGAACGUCACGGAGUUUGACGGUCAGGAUGCGUGUGGCUCUAACAGCUGGGUGAUCGCCGACGUGGACCCACCUCCUCGUUCCGCUGACAGCAAGGAGCAACAGGAGCCUGGCUUCCUCAUCCACCCGCUCAAGCCUUGGACACAGUAUGCCAUCUUUGUCAAAACCCUGCUCUCCGCCUCUGAUGACCGUCAGGUCCACGGAGCCAAGAGCGAGAUCAUUUACGUCCGCACCAAUGCCACUAAGCCCUCGGUGCCCCUGGACCCUAUCUCCUCCUCCAACUCGUCUUCUCAGAUUAGCCUGAAGUGGAAACCCCCCUCUGACCCCAAUGGAAAUAUUACCCACUACCUGGUCUUCUGCCAGAAGCAGAGGGAGGAUGGUGACCUUUACAAGAUUGACUACUGUCAGAAAGGGAUGAAACUGCCAUCGCGGGCUCCUACCCACCUGGACACCGACGAGGAACAGAAGUGGAACCAGACGGACGAGCCCGGCCAGGGGGGGCGCUGUUGCGCUUGCCCCAAGACGGACACACAGCUGAAGAAGGAGGCCGAGGAGUCAGAGUACCGCAAGACCUUCGAGAACUACCUGCACAACGAGGUCUUCGAGAUCAGACCCUCUCGGCGGCGGAGGUCUGCAGUGGGCGUGGCCAACGCGACCUUCCCACGCUUCGCCACGCCGCUGCCCAUCCUCCCCAAUGCUUCCUCCACCAAUAACCCGGAAGAGGACGGAAGCAAGACGGUCUUCAAAGUGUCCUCCAAGGAGUCUGCCGUCAUCCCCAACCUGCAGCACUUCACCAGCUACCAGAUCGAGAUCCACGCGUGCAACCACCCCACGGACCCGGGGCGAUGCAGCAUGGCCGCCUUCGUCAGCGCGCGCACCAUGCCGGAGGAAAAAGCCGAUGACAUCGUGGGCCUCGUCACCCAUGACAUGGACCAGUACUCGAAUGUGGUCUAUGUCAAAUGGCAGGAGCCGAAAGCGCCCAAUGGCCUCAUCAUCCUGUAUGAUGUCAUCUACAAGAGACUGGGGGACUCUGAGGAGCUGCAUCAGUGCGUGUCCCGCAAAAGCUACGUGGCCAUAGGGGGCUGUAAGCUGAGAGUGAUUCACCCCGGGAACUACACCGUGAGGGUCCGGGCCACGUCGCUGGCUGGCAACGGCUCCUGGACUGAGCCGGCCUACUUCUACGUACUGGACCGGGGGGCGGACCCAAACAACGUAAUGAAGAUUGUGAUUGGGCCAGUCAUCUGCGUUAUCAUGCUGCUGCUGGUGGGACUCGGGGUGUUUGUGGUUUUCAAGAAGAAGCAAACUGCUGGACCCACCGGACCUCUCUAUGCAUCCUCAAACCCGGAGUAUGUCAGUGCCAAUGACGUGUACGUGCCUGACGAGUGGGAGGUGGCCCGAGAGAAGAUCACCGUGCUCAGAGAGCUGGGCCAGGGCAGCUUUGGCAUGGUGUAUGAGGGCAUCGCCAAGGACAUCGUGAAGGGCGAGUCCGAGACGCGGGUAGCCGUGAAGACCGUCAACGAGUCGGCCAGCUUGCGGGAGAGGAUCGAGUUCCUGAAUGAGGCCUCUGUGAUGAAGGCCUUCAGCUGCCACCAUGUGGUGCGUCUCCUGGGCGUGGUGUCGAAGGGCCAGCCCACGCUCGUGGUGAUGGAGCUGAUGACCCACGGGGACCUGAAGAGCUACCUGCGUUCGCUGCGGCCGGAUGCGGAGAAUAACCCCGGCCGCCCCCCUCCCAGUCUGAGCGAGAUGAUCCAGAUGGCCGCGGAGAUCGCCGAUGGCAUGGCCUACCUUAACGCCAAGAAGUUCGUCCAUAGAGACCUGGCUGCCAGGAACUGCAUGGUUGCUGAAGAUUUCACUGUCAAAAUCGGAGACUUCGGCAUGACGAGGGACAUCUAUGAGACAGAUUACUACCGGAAAGGAGGGAAGGGUCUUCUUCCAGUCAGGUGGAUGGCCCCCGAGUCCCUGAAGGACGGCGUCUUCACCGCGCACUCCGACUGUUGGUCGUUUGGCGUGGUCCUGUGGGAGAUCAGCACCUUGGCGGAACAGCCCUACCAGGGCCUGUCCAAUGAGCAGGUCCUCAAGUUCGUCAUGGACGGGGGCUUCCUGGAGAGGCCAGAGAACUGCGCCGAUGAGAUGCACGAACUCAUGCAGAUGUGCUGGCGGUAUAACCCCAAGAUGCGACCCUCCUUCCACGACAUCAUCGAGAGGAUCAAACAGCACCUGCAUCCCAGCUUCCAGGAGCUCUCCUUCUUCCACAGCGAGGAGAACAGGCCUCCUGAAAGCGAGGAGUUCGAAAUGGAUUUCGAGAACAUGGAGAGCAUCCCGUUAGACCCUUCAUCCUACUGCCAACAGGAGGAGAGCCUGGGGAGAGACAAUGGGCCCUCCGUGGGUCGGCAGGGGAACUACGAGGAGCACGUGCCCUACACUCACAUGAACGGGGGCAAGAAAAACGGCCGCAUCCUGUCCUUAUCCAGAUCCAGCCCUUCCUAACGUUUCCUUACUUUCGUUUUAUAAUUUUCAUUUUUUUGCAACGGCCCUAGAAAAACAGAUCUCAGGAUUUUUUUUUUCUCUUCAAAGCUGCCACAGUAUAAUGACACAGAAUGCAAACGCUUAUAUAUUUAAAAGAAAACUGUAGUCAUCCAAAUCAUUUACUUCUCUCUUAUUUUUAUUGUUGCCAAGUUUCCAAAAAAAUUAGAACUGUGAUCACAAACCAUAGACAACCAGAAGGCUGCUUUUCCUUAAUUUUACACCUUCCUGUCUCCCCUAUGUUUUCUGUUUUGUGUGUUUAAUGGUGUUUAAAAGUGGCCUUUUUAUCUGUGGCAUUCAAACUGAGAAACAUGUCAUUAUUGGUAACUAAGAACAGGAUGGGAUGUUGGAUGGCAUUUCCUCUUUCACCUUUUUAGAACAAAAGUCUUGUAGAAGAAACUUUUUUUUUUCUUUUUUGCAUUGCAAAUUCCACACUUCACCUCGAGUCAGUAGGUUACUUUGGUUAUUAAUUCUAAUUUAUUUGCCUUUUCUUUUCUCUGCCUUUCAGUUUAAGUUCUGUGUGAGCACAGAAUAACUGAAGAAUAUUUAAACAGUUAAUAUGUUGGGUUCCUCAGAUUGACCAAUAACUGCUGCUUUUAGUGUGUGUGUGUGUGUGUGUGUGUGUGUGUGUGUGUGUGUGUGUGUGUGUGUG